AUGAUAAAAGAGACCGUUGAACGACUUUUACAAAACACUAUUACUACCCCGUUUCGAGUGAAUGAGAAUGAAAGUCCCGACACCGUCAUUUCAGAAGGUCAAAAUUAUAUCAAACAAAUUCACAAGAGCGAGAAGAAUAGAUUCGAAUUAAUGAAAAUAGUUGCGGACACACAAGACGAAUUGGACGACAUGUGCGAAUUAAUGGAAGAAGUCAUGAACAAGUGUAAAGAGCAAGGUUCGACAGUAGCCAAAUUGAAUAACGAAGUCAUCACAAUUAUGGCUGCGCAAGAGGAAAAACGAUUUAACGAAGAAAUGAAGAUCGGGGCUUUCAGGAAAAAAAGACUCGCAAGACAACACACCCGCCGACAAUCAUUCUUCGACAAACAAAUGAUCAAAACAGACGGAUUCUUAACGGAAUCAUUCUUUGCUGAAGACCAACCAUACCAAUGGGAUUUGUUUGUCAAAAACGAGGCGGAAAAAAGCGACGAAAUCGAAUUCGAUAAAUUUGAGAAAGUCGAAAAAAUCGAACAACCCGUGAAAGUCGACACCGAACCAAAAAACGAGGGACGGGCAGAACCCAAACCCGACAUGAAAGAAAAAGCUGUGCUCAAUCUCCCUCCUAUAUUAGUCCGCCAAAAUAAAGACUUGACCGAUUUGAAAGACUUAAAGUCGUUAAAAGAAGGCAAAGAGAAUAAAGAAUUGACGCAACUACCAAAUUUAAAAGACGUCAAUUUGAUUGCAAAAGAUGAAGACAUUAAAGUCUUAGAAACAGACAAGUUAAAACUCUUUGAAAAGCCAAUCGAGAAAUUGAAUGAUCUUCCACUGGAGAAACCAAUUGAAAAAGUCGAGAAAGGAGAGAAACAAGAGAAAGACAACUUGAUGGAAGACUCGACUGAGGAAGUCGUCAAAUCGUCAAACACCCUUCUAUCACCAGAAAUGUCACAAGAAAUGAAGUCGGAGAUGUUACACGAUGAUACCCUUUUAGACGAUAAGACACUUGAUGACAAAAGCCCAAACAAAACAAUGAAGAAAACUCGGAAGUCGCGGAAGGACAAGAGUGACAAAGGGAAAAAGGAAGAGUACCAUGUGUUGAACAAGAUUUUUCUUGGGAAGGACGAUGUCGAGAAAAUCGAGGAGUGGAGUGGGAAGAAAGUCGACCAAGUGCUCUUUGACUCCAAUGUCGAUAGUUAUACUAAGACGAGUAAUGAGUUUGUUGAUGCUGUGAUGGAUCAGUCUGAUAUUGCUAUUGUUGUUGAGGACACAAACGGGAAUAGAUUUGGUGGAUACAUUCAUGCCAAAAUUGAUGUUAUUGGGGCGUGGGUUGACGACCAAAAUGCGUUUGUCUUUUCACUCUUUUCGAACGGGAGGAUGAAAGAACCACAGAAGUUCGAGUUGAAAGCAAAUAAGCAAGGGAGAGUGUUUUGGGUGAGUAAGCCCACUGAAGCGUGUUUGUUUGUCGUCGGGAACAAUGACAUUAGAGUCGCAAAGAAACAUAGUAAGAGAGACUAUUGUUUGCAGAGUACUUUUGAGUAUAAAGGAAACACUCGCGCACUCAGCGGUUCAAGUUACCCCGAGAAGUUUAACACAAAGCAAUUUGUUGUGAUCAAAUUCAAGUAA